UUGCUGCGCUGCAGCAACGUGAUCCGUACAUCACAGAUAUUGUAGAUACGGCCUCACAAGUGGCUUUGUAUUCAUUCAGCUCGAAUGGGAACGAAUGGAUACCAAUUAUCAUGUGAUUGAGCCAUUUCUCCUGAACUGCAGCUGGAAUACUGAAGUUGCGGUUUGGCUUGUUUCUAGUGUAUUUUCUUAAAGAUGACCAGUGCAGGAAAAGACGUCAAUUGAAGGCACUCUGUUUGUCUACAAAAGAUCGGCUUCCCCAAUCAAUGGUUUCAUGAUUCUGAAUAGACUAGGUCUUAACAACUUGAUAGAGCCCAUAAUUAAAGACCUAGAAUUCCAGCUGCAAGACCCGUUCUUAUUGUACAGAAAUACAAAAGCAAUUUUUGGAAUAUGGUUUUAUGACAAAGAUGAAUGUGCCAGAAUAGGUCAGCUCAUGAAUUGUUUAGUCCAGCUUGCCAUUGAACAUCACCAUGCCAAAACCCAGAGCUCCAUGCGACAGAGAAGAGCAUCAGAGAGUGACAGUAUGGUAGAGAGACCCACAGAAAGCAUGGGUCCUACUGACCCUCAACAGGUGGACAUUAUUCAGAUGUUGUCCAAGGCACAACAUGAAUAUGUCAAGUCAAAAGGAGGAACAAGCAUUGGAAGAAAAGCAGAGCCUAAGCCAAUGAUUGACAAUCCCAAUGCUGCUGCAACCAAGACAACACAGCUGAUUCGCCCUAUGCCAUUGAAACUUUCUCCAAGUCAGAAUUUUGAAUCAGAAACAAGUGGUGGAGCCGUGAGUGACAGCUCCAGAGAAGCGGCAGGUGGUACUCCUAUCACAGCCAUAAGUCUGGAGGCCUUGUUCAGGAAUGCCAGUAUAACCAAGCAGAGGUGCGCCCCAGGGUCAAUGGACCAGUUGGGUGCAGAUGCCACCAGUAAAGAAAGGCCAUCAACAAACAGGUCAAUCUCCCUGUGUGAAUCCAGUCAUUUGUCUGAGGCAGAGUUGUCAAAUCCUGCCUCAUCCUCCUCCGGUGCAAGUCUACUUCAUCCCAUUCUCCAACAGCUCAUGUCAACUGGGCCGCGCCUAGAAACUGUGGAACAGCAACAACUCCCUCAGCACCCUCAACCUGGUGAUCUAAGUCCACGACACCCUCCAGGGCCUGGGGGUGACAUGGUGUCAAGCAAGCCCCAGGCCAGACUGCCUUUUAUUUUAAAUCCAGAAUUGUUGACAUUGGCCCCUGAUGCCAGUGUAUCAACUGCCCAGACAAUGUCUUUCAACAUAAUCAAACCUUCACUUGGUGCGGGAAGUGGUAUUAAUGUCAGUGCUGGUGGCAACAAAAGUCCUGACAUUGUCAAUACUUUAUCUUCUCCCGCUACAUAUUCAUCGCCAUCAUUUUCACUGUCGUCAACAGGACAGGCAGGCCAGAGUUUUAUCCCAGAUAAAAGCUCAGCUAAAAGUCUAGAGGAUAGAAUUGCAUCAAUUUGCUCAGUGCAAAAGACAACAGGGUCAGAAGCCGGCUUUCUGGAUUUGUCGUCUAGCACUCUUUUAACUCCAGCAGAAUUUGAAACGAGCAGCGUAAUUUCUGAGAAGCAUCAUCCUCCAUUGGCUAUCACACUACCCGCACCGUCUUUCAGCACGGAUGUGCUCCUUUCUCCAAUGGUAUUUACUACUUCAGCCAGAGGAUCACCACCGGUGUCACAUCUAUCUUGUACAGGACAAGGUGAUGCAUCACUUUUACAGCCAGGGAGUCUGGUAUCUGACGUAAAACCUAGCGUAGACCCCAGAAUUGCACCGUUAACUAAAGAACAGCUGAAACAAGCUCUAAUUUAUCUUCUGCAGACUGACACAAACUUUGUUUCAAGUAUCCAUGAAGCAUACCUGAAGAGUCUGCAAGCUGGUCUUUCAAGUGGCAAAUUGUAGCACAAGUGCUGUCUUCGGCGAAAGCCGAUUGCAGAGUUUGUUAAUAUUCAUUUCAGUGCUAAAUUUUGGCAGAAAUAUAUCUUUUUAAAGGCAUUUUCUGUUACAGAAAAUUUUUGAAAAGCAAAAUAUCAUAGUAAAUGAUGAAAAAAGAUGUUUCAUCCAGUUCUAUUUUAUGUGAGUGAGGUGAAAAUGUUUACUAUUAUUAAUAUGGUUCACCCACCACUCUUGGAUUGAGUGGAAUUUGUUUAAGAUUCUGCAGGUCUUGGAAAUUGAAUAUCUGGGCUCUUUCCAAAAAUAAAAACAUGUUGUUAUUAAUGUCAGUCUUGCUUCUUUUUUUUUGUGGGAAAACCUUUGUGGUGCAUUAAAGUAAUGGCGAGUUGGUACAUG